AUGGAAGAGCGCUUGGGCGAGGUGAGCGGCGCGCUGGCGGCUGCGACGCAGACCGCCGCGCAGCUCCCGUCGUCGACUGAUCUCGACUUUUACUGCUCGAUUGACCGCGGGGUGCAGCGCUCGCUCGCGGAUGCGACCGAGCGCCUCGGGCAGGUGAUGCGCGCAAUGCGCUCGUGGAUCGCCGAUGGCGAGACCGAGGCUGGCAUGGACGACGCCGAGCAGCUCGCAGCGCCGAGCACCUUUACGACGGCCGUCGGAGACCUGGUUGAUCAGCUGCUGGAGCGCACCGACGUGUACCUGGACGAGUACGAGGGCCGCCGCCCGAUCGCCGCGCCGGAAAAGAGCAAGGCCAAGGCCGAGGCCGAGGCCGAAGAGGACCUGCUGCAGAGUGGGCCGCUCCCGGCGCAUAUUCUCAAUGCACAGAUCCCGCAUCCCCAGCGCCUCUUUACGACGCAGCCGGACAACCGCGCAGACCACAAGUGGAGCCGGCCGCUGCGCCUCGGCAAGCCGAAUGCCAAGGUGCCGCUCGGCUGGCGCGACCCCCGCUGGGACACGGCCGAGGGGCUGAUCGUCGGGCCGUACAGCGUUGAGGGCGAUCCCCGCCUUAAUCCUUAUCAUGUCGAGAUUUAUCAGACCGACGUGCCAAAGAGCGCGUUCGACACACCCCAGCCCCAGGCGCCCGAGCCCCUGGAUGUGCGUCGGCCCACCGCCUCGACGGACCGCUGCCCGUUUGCGUGGGUGCGCACUGCGGCUGAGCUCGAUGCGCUUAAGGCACACCUUGCCGAGGACCGCGUAAAGGAGAUCGCCGUCGACUUGGAGCACCACAACAAGCACUCGUACCUCGGCAUUGUGUGCCUGAUGCAGGUGAGCACGCGGUACGGCGACUGGAUCGUGGACACGCUCUCGGACGAGGUGCGCGAGCACGCCGAGGUGCUCAACGAGGUUUUUACCGACCCUGCCAAGAUCCUCGUGCUCCACGGCGCGGACCACGAUAUCCUGUGGCUGCAGCGCGACCUCGGCGUGUAUGUCACCUGCUUGUUCGAUACGUACCACGCGACGAAUGUGCUCCCCUUUUCGGUGCACUCGCUCGCGUUCCUGCUGCAGCGCUACACCGAGUUCGAGGCAGACAAGCGCUUCCAACUCGCCGACUGGCGCAUCCGGCCGCUGCCGAAAGAGAUGCUGUACUAUGCGCGCAGCGACACGCACUCGCUCCUGUAUAUCUACGAUAAGCUACGCGAAGAGCUGCAGCAGCAGGGCGGCCAGCACGCGAUCCGCGAGGUGUUUGAGCGCAGCAAGGCCACCGCGUCCAAGGUCUACGCCAAGGAGCCGUGGGACGAGCAGGGCGACUCGCGCUCGGGCUGGCACACGCUCUGGCUGCGGCACGGCGGCGAGCUCGCGCGCGCCGCGCCACAGAACAAGGCCGUCGCCCAGAUGGGCAAGGAGGAGCGCAUGAUGCGCUGUCUGCACCGCUGGCGCGACACGGUCGCCCGCGAGGAGGACGAGGGCGCGCAGUACCUCUUGUCGAUCUCGUCGCUGAUGCACCUCGUUUUUCGCAUGCCGACGACGCCGGAAGAGGUCAAGCGUGCGGUGCCCGCGCAGGCGCAGGCCGUGCGCAAGCGCGCCACGGAGCUCGCGCAGGUAAUCCAGGAAGAGAUCGAGGCGUACAACCGCGAUGCACAGCGCAGGGGCGCCGACGCUCAGCAGCAGCUGACCGAGAUGCUCGGCGACGCGUCGGCCGACGAUCUCGGUGAGGCUGUGCCCGUCCCGUCGGCGGUCGCCGAGGCGCGGCUUGCAGGCGGCGCGCCGACCGUGCAGACGUCGCUGUGGGCGCGCCACGAGCCAAUGGCCGUGCCCCGCGCGCGCCUCUUUCACGGCAUGCUCACAGCCGAUGGGCGCGGUGCGAUAUCUGGGGGCGAAAAAAAGCGCAAGUCGCUGUUUGAUCUUCCGGAGCAGAAACCGAGUGCACUUACGCGCAUCCGCGGGGAGUGUGCCGAGGUGCUGCGCAAGGUGUUUGGCGGGCAUGUGGGCGACGGCGAGAAGGAUGCGAACGACAGCGGCGACGACGAAGCCGAUGACGACGAGGCCGGCGACGACGAGGCGGACGAGGCCGCACAUGUGCAACAGACGCGGAAGCAUACAGCCGAUGCGACGCCCACUCCAUCCGCCUCAGCCUCUGUGGAUCCCUCUCCCCACGCGGCGCUCGACGACUCCGAGGACGAGAUCGUGCCUGUAAGCAAAAAGGCUCGCUGGUCCAAAGACAAGAAGCGGCAGCGCAAAGAGGCGCAGAGCACCGUCGCGCCCUUUGACUACAGCACAGCGACGUCGGUCCUCGACGCGAAGCGCGCGCCCCCGACCUCGGACCUGCUCGCAAGUGCACCGCGCAAGCGCAAGAACAAGGCGCAGGAUACCACGAUGCCCAAGACGGCCAAGCGAAAGAGCGACGUGCGCAGCGGUAACCGGAGCGGGACGUUCGCGAAGAAAUUGUAA